UCCGCGUCCUCCGGCCAGCUGCCGCCCGCGCGCCCUCCCGCCCACGCCAUGGACGCCAAGGUCAUGGCCGCGCUGGCCCUCGUGCUGGCCGCGCUGUGCCUCAGCAGCGACGGGAAGCCGGUCAGCCUGAGGUACAGAUGCCCGUGCCGCUUCUUUGAAAGCCACAUUGCCAGAGCCAACGUGAAGCAUCUGAAAAUUCUCAACACUCCUAACUGCGCCCUUCAGAUCGUGGCAAGGCUGAAGAACAACAACAGACAAGUGUGCAUUGACCCGAAGCUAAAGUGGAUUCAGGAGUACCUGGAGAAAGCCUUAAACAAGAGGCUCAAGAUGUGAAAGGUGGGUCAGACGCCUGAGGAAACCUUACAGAAGGAGCCCAGGUCUGAAGUCAGUGUUAGGGAAGGGCCUGCAGCCAUGUCUCUGCUCCCGGGCAGGGCUAAAGGCAUUUUCCAAAGGGCCUUUGUUUUGCACAAUUUGCUGUAUUUUCACUAUUCGAUUAUGUAGCAAAAUACAUGGUGUUUAUUUUUCACUUAGUAGCAUUAUCCAGUGUCAUUGGCAACAGGAACUAGCUAAGGCCAUUAUGUUAUUUCCUUUGUAAUAGAGUCUUUUUCAGAGCCCCUCCUCUGCCGAGGGGCUCCUCUAACUUGUAUCUCUGAGCUGAUGAAACAGGAGGCUUUUUGAAUGGGAACCAGGUCGCCUCCCCUGGAGGCUUCCCAGUGAGGCAGAAGUAUGAGGCCAGGGCAGAGUAACACCCACGCUCACCCCACGCUCUUCUUCGCAUCCCAUCAUUCUCACCAUUGUCUCUCAUCCAUCAUCAUGUGUCUCCAAGACUGUCCCCCGUGACCCUGAGAAAGGACUCUCAAGAUGAAAGUUUUCACUCAAACCGGGCAGCAAGGAGGAAAGGGAAGCAACUGGUGGUCCCUGGAAUCACUGUGCACAUCUAUGUCUUGUUUGGAAUAUUGUCUGUUGUCCAACCGUGUGUUCUUGUUCAAAGCCCAUGCGUGUCCUCAUCUGUGACCAAUGUCUUGAUGUGUAUUGUCUCCAACUCCUAUGCAAAGGCUGGGUGUGAGGGGCCCCUGGCGUCCUCGGACCACUCCCCGCGAGGCUGUGAGAAUGAGAGCUGCUCUGAUGAACCCACUGAUCACAGAGCCUCGGUGACUCAGCAGGCAAAGCCCAAAGGAAUGUGGUUUGAAGCGGCAGAGCCGACCUCAGUCUCGUGAUUUUGAGGACUUGUGUACUCGAGAACUGCUUGGCCCUCGAUCUUUCCGUCAUUGUUGAUAUCUUAAAACUAGUUUCAUUUUCCUGUCACCAAACUCAGCGUUUGGGAGGGGCAAGAACAAGAAUUCUCAAUUCUUUCUAAUUGUUAUGCUUUAUACCCAAUCCAUAAAAUAACCAAUCUUGAACAGAAGAUUCCUUCCCCAGUUAAAGCCACUUCCUCUUUCUCACCACUGGGCAGUGCCAUCCAUCCUCUCUCACCUUACUGCGGAGCUGUGACCUAUUUGCUGCCACGUGUGCCUUAUUGAGUCCAGCUGCACGUUCCUCUCAGAGGGGAGGCUACCCCUAUCUCACAAGUCUCCCUUUCCCCAGGACAGGCUGGGACAGGGGCAUUCCUACCACUGUUCCAUACAUAGGGUCUGAAGGUGUUUCCCAGGCUGCAUUUGAAGUUAAUCUUGCUAACAUUUUUCUUCUUUGACCAAGGCUCUGCUAAGAUUCUUCAAAUGAAGAAAGGAUAGAAUGAAAAGUAAAGAGACCCAUCAGUUGGCUAGAUUCUUCCUGUAACAUGGGAAAAUAAAUUAUUAAAAAAAAAAACCCUUCAAUGGUAGGUGUUUUGAGAUUUAAUCAUCUAUAGCAUUAUCAGCGCUAUGGGUAGAGUGUGUUUGUAAGUAUUCCUUUAAUCGACUCCUCAUAAUAAAAAUAAAAUAAAAAGGCAAAUCUAUUCAAGAUUUUCCCCUAAAUAAAAAUUACAUUUCUCAAGUCAGUCAAGUUAGACUGAAAAACUAGGCUGUGGGGGAGGAGGGUCUUUAUAAAUUACAGAUACAGAUCUUUUAUAAGGAUGCAGGAUGAAUUUCUAAACCCUCUUGAAAUUAACUCCAAUCACUUUAGCAUUCCUGAAAUAUAUAAUAACUGAUUGAAUUUCUAGUUGAAAAGCUUUUUUUUGUUGUUGUUGUUUCUAGUGAACCUAAGAUACUCAAAAAUCUUCAUGGAAAAUUUAGUUUUCUUUCCCUGAGAUCUAUGAAGCUGGACCUUUCAAUCUUGCUGGGAGGAAACAAUCAACAGUUGUAAAUCUUAAGUGCAAUUAAGAUCCAUUUCUAUUUCUCCUCCAUAGGGGAUAGAGACCCAGAAGGGUAGGAACUACUGGGAGAAUUAUUUGUGUAACAAUUCCUCUGCUAACAGUGAGCUUCUAACUGGAGACUGCCUGUCUAAAGCAAAUAUGCAUUUAAAUAGUCCAUUUGCAAAGGAAAAGUCUCUUCCCCACCUUGAUCUCCGCUUUGCUUUCAAAAUACAAGUCAAGUGCCAUCAAGUGAACUAUUAUUGACUGGCCCAGCUGUCCCUGCUGGCCCUGGUUCUGCCUGCACCCAACAUUCCUUUGGGCUCUGGUAACCUAAUGUGUGGCUGUCCCCUCUAUUGCCAGUCUUUGCAUCGGGAUGGGGCUGGGGGCACGCAGCCUUGCUUUGUGUUGGAACCCCAAAUCUGUGCCUUGUGUUGUUUACACUGUUCUGUGGUCGGCGCCCGCCAGGCACUGAGACUCCAGCAAGGAGAGCCCAGGGCUGACCUACCUGUUCCCCCAGAGGAACGAUUCAACUUUGAUCCUUGGGUCUGAAUAGCAAAAGCUUUCAGUCUCCCCCCAGGGGUGGCCAGACAUCUUGGGACUUUUGCUUUAGGUUCCUUUCCCAUGGUGUGAUUUUUCUCACCAAGGGGCUCCCUUACUGGAAGUUACCCCUUUCCAACUGGAUAAGAACUUGGGGUGUCCUGUUCUCUUCCCUCACAGCUCCCUGAUUCCCUGAUUUUAAGGGAAUUCCUAGAAAUUUCUAAAUCCGCCCUGUCCCCCACCCCAGUAAACCACUGACAUUGCCAAGUUAACAAAACCGCCUUGCUGGCUUCUCAGUCUCUGAGCAGCGAUGGGUUCAGUGUUACGUGUGAUGAAUACUGUAUUUUGCAUUGUUUAGAUUGAGUCUCCCAGAUAAUGUGAAAAAUGGUCCAGGAGAAGGCAGCUUUCUGUAUGCAGUGUGUGCUUCUUUUUUAUUUUUUUCCUUUUUUUUUUUUUAAAUACGAGACAAUUCUUUGAGAAACAACCAUUUCUACUUUGAAGUCCUACCAAUGAAAAAGAUGUAUCUGCACUUCACAGUUUUCUAAUAAAGAUCUGUAUUCAAGUGUAA